CGUGAAAAACCAAAGUCGAUUAUUUAAAUGUUGAAUUUGAGGGAUUUUAAAGUAAUUUUAAUAGCUUAUAAACAUUUAUAAAAUUAUGGUGCAGCUAAUUUUUGAAGAUUCCUUAAAUCUUUUUAUUAAUGAUCUUAUAAAAACAAAAACUCUUCAAGUUGGUUUGAUUAUUGGACAAUUUACUGCAAAUUCUAAAGAUUUUGCUAUUCAUUUUGCAAAAUGUCCAAAUCCAGUCGACGAUGAAGUCGAGGAGGAGCUUGUAAAUUCUGACUCUGAAAAUACCAAAAUCAAUGAAAAAAUAAAGCAAAAAAAUGAAGCUUUUAAAUUAAAUAGCAAUGAGAAUAUUGAUGUGAAAUGGAUUGUUGAACAUGCACGUCAAGUAACUCGGAUGUUGACAGGGGGUUUAAUGAUAAUUGGAGUAUAUUAUUCAUGUUCUCCAGAAAUUUAUUUAAAAAAUCAAGCAUUGCUUCGACAAUGUUUGUAUUCAGUUCGUAAAAAAAGCGAAAACAGUAAGUGGAUAAGAAAUAGCAUUCCUCAUAAUGAGAGAUAUUUUUUCCAUAUGUGCACUCUAACUGGAAAGUUAUCAUGUCGCACAAUAGAUAUAAAUGAUGUUCAAGGUUCUUUUAAACAAGCAACAUUUCGUUUUCAGUCAUUUUUAUCAAGUUGGCAUUCUUUUAGUUGUUUUGUUGAUGUCAAUAUAAGUUCAUAUGUACCUGUAAAAGAGAGUCUGAAAACUGAGCAGAAAAUGACUUAUGCUUGCCAUGAUGAAAUUGAAAGUAUUUGGAAUUCUUACGCAUCAAUUAAUUUCAAAAUUGUAAAAGAUGACCAAUUAAUUUCAGAGAACACAAAAAACAAAAAUACAAAUAAAACUAAGACAACUAAAAAAGAUAUUGAAAUAAUGCUUUUUAAAAAAAAUGUUUCAAAUAAUGUUCUAUUUUCUCCAGAUCAAAUUAACACAGAAAUAAAAUUUGUUGGUUCAAUUUUUGCAAAAGCAUUUAUUCAUCAAAAAGGAACUUAUGGUGAAGCAGUCAAAGCUUUAAAAGUUGAUAUAAUUCGAAGUCUUCAGUCUCGCAUUGAGUUACUUUGUGAAGAAGCACAGAUUAAUAAUUUAUGUCAAGUAAAUGAAUGGAGUUUAAUGUCACCAAUAAGGGUUUUUGUAAAAGCUUAUGAAGUAUAUUAUUGUGAUUAUGCUUUUAAAGAUGAAACUCAAAAAGAAACUAUAAGUCGAUUUUUAGAUUUAUUAGGAAUAAAUCCAUCACAAAAUGAUUUAAUAUAUAUGGAGAAGUCUCCAGAUAUUUCAGAUGUUUCAAUGAUUCUUCGCGGUGAAAGACCAGUUGAUAUUCAUUCAGAAAUGGGAUCUGAAAGAAGUAGUAUAUGUCUAGAAGAGCCAAGCAAUUUUAAGUUCCUUGCAUCAUGCAUUAUUGCAUUAGUAGCUGUAGUGUUUUCUUUUAUAGUUAUCUUGUUAAAGCAAUAAUGGAACAAACAAAACAAUAUCAAUUCUAAACACAUGUUUGUGUUAUUAUAUUUAAGUUAUUAUAAUUUUUUCAAACAAUAAGUAAUUGUUGAUUAGAUUUGAAAUAAAUAAAUAAAAUUUUUAAAUGUUUUGUUCAUUAAUGAUUUAAUAUCAUCAUCAUCA